AUGAACCUUGAAGAGUAUUUUGCGAGAACUGGCUAUAAAGGUUCCCUUGAAAAACAAGAUUUGGAAACCUUAACAGAUAUAUUCCAGCACCACAUCCGUGCAGUUCCCUUCGAAAACCUCAGCAUCCAUUGCGGGGAGAAAAUUACUUUGGAGUUGGAGCAUGUCUAUAACAAAAUAGUACGGAGGAAGCGGGGUGGAUGGUGCAUGGAAAACAACCAGCUGUUGGGCUGGGUCCUGAAACGCCUGGGGUACGAUGCCAGCUUUCUGGGAGCGUACGUGUUCAAUCCGCAUCAAAACGCGUACGCCAGCAUCAUGACCCACCUCCUUGUAAAGGUAGUUAUUGAUGGCAAAGCCUAUAUUGUUGACGGAGGCUUUGGUGUGUCCUAUCAGAUGUGGCAACCGAUGGAGCUUGUAUCGGGGAAAGACCAGGCCCAGGUUCCCGGCGUCUUUCGCUUCACGGAAAAGAAUGCCAUUUGGUACCUUGAGAAAAUGAGACGGAAACAAUAUAUCCCCAAUCAAAAUUUCUCGAAUUCUGAUCUUCUGGAGAAAAAAGAGUGUCGGAAAAUUUAUAUGUUCAGCCUUGAGCCACAGACAGUGGAAGAUUUCCGUUCCCCGUGCGCGUACCUUCAGACCUCUCCAGAUUCCCUCUUUACAAAGAAGUCCAUCUGCACCCUCCAGACCACUGAUGGCUUUCGUGCGCUAAUUGGGUGGACACUCACCGAGACCACAUACAACUACAAGGAAAACAUGGAUCUGGUGGAAUUCAUAACUCUUGAAGAUGAAGAGGUGGAAAAAACCCUUAAAGAGAAAUUCAGCAUAAACCUAGAUAGAAAACUUGUCCCAAUUAAUGUCAAAGGAUUUUACACAAUCUAG